AUGAGCGAUCCAAGUGGCCAAACUUCAACAACGACUGUCGGUGGAGACGGCGGUAAUAGCGGCGGAAGCGGCAGUGGAAACAGUGGUGGAAACGGCGGUGGAAGCGGUGGCUCGUUUGGGAAUCAGCCGCGGAGAGCAAAGGUUAGGAAGCAAGUGUGGGCUGGAGUUCUCAGCAUCUCUUCCGUCUCCAACAAUAAUUAA